AUGCCAGACAUGUCGGAAACACGCAGGCUCGGCACGCCCUUGCCGCGCAACCCUUCCUCCUCGUCCUCGUCGAAUCGCUCAUCAACCAACAAGUCAAACCAGCCCCGGGCGGGUUCGCCGUUGAAGCAAGGCUCGCGACUUCCGUCUGAAGGGUCCGCCUCUCCCACCGUCUCGGCCGGUAAAUCCCCCGAACCUCCCUCUCGCCCAUCGUCGACCGACCGCCAAUCCUCCUCAACCGAAGAACAGCGGCAAAGUUCCCGAGAUCCCCAGACGACGACGCGGCAACAGCCUACAGAAGCAGAGUUGAAGGCACGAGCGGCGGCAGCUGUGGCAAAGACAAGGAUCAGGGCGGACCCGAGCAUGUCGAGCGCAUUCAAGAAGGACCAGGACCCAGAGUUGUACGAGUUGUUCGUCGGUUGA